CGUGGGCGAGCACGGCCUCAUCCAGCUGUGCCUGAGUACAGCCCUCAGUCCACUGCUGUCACCCCAGCUGCUUGCAUCGAACGCCCCAGCGAUUCAGGCUUCCGCAGCAAUGACUUGGUGGAGCAACAAUUUCUGGAUCAUCUUAGCUGUGGCCAUCAUCGUUGUCUCCUCGGUCCUGGGUCUCAUCCUGUACUGUGUCUGCAGGAGGCAGUUUAGACAAGGCAAGAAAUGGGCAAUUGCCGAGUCCACGGGGAAAUAUAAUGGAAGAGAUGAAGAAAAGAUGUAUGAGAAUGUGCUUAAUCCAUCACCAGAGCAGUUACCUGCUCUGCCACCCAGAGACUUGCCUUUCCCAGAAGACCCUGCCCCACAGGAAGCUCCAAGCCAACCACUGGCUUGGUACUCAUCAGUGAGGAAAGUCAGAAACAAGAAGGUCUUUUCUAUCUCGGGCUCCGAAAAUGACUACGAUGAUGUUGAGAUCCCAGCAAGCACUGAAAGCCAGAAAUCUAGAACAACCAUGCCUUCUUGGCAAGCUGAAAAUGGCUUACACGGCUCAUUUUAGAGUAAUCUAGAAUGGUUGGACUGUAACACAGGCACUUCCCAAGCCACCUCAGCUAUGUGAGAGCUACAGCAGAAGACAGGACUGGUCAAGAUGGUCACGAUGCUCCGAAUGUCCUGGUGUUCCAGAUGCCCCUGGUGUUUCUGAUACUUCAGAAGCUCUGGCCUGAGACUCAGAAGGUCUAGCCUUUGCAUGUCUGUGGAGGAAGUUUCCUUAGUGGGCCUGUGGGAAUUGGCUCAUUUCUCCACAUUCCCCUUGUGUUCCCUUGGUAAAUGUGGCUCUGAGGGAUCUUAAGUCUUGGUAUUUGAUUGUGUGGAGCCUCCUAGCGACCACCCCUAUCUAGGCCAUGGCUUAAGGAUGCCUGUCUCCCCUUCCAGGCCCCACCCACCCUUAGAGGUUGUAACUUGUCAUUACAGAUGAGGGUUCUCGAGGUGUUCAGGUCACCACACUCUGAAAGUUGUUUUGUUCUUUGAAGCCACCCCACCCACUCACACUCCAACCCCUAGUACCUUUUCAGAAUGGACCGAACCCACCCAAGAGAAUCGUUCUUACACGAGCUCAUUUCCUGUGCUUUUAGACAGUAUUUUUAAUAAUUAACAAAGGACACAGGCGGCCUCCUGACUUCUGCCUCCAGCUCUUUUGCAGUGGGUGUGCUGGUGGUGCCAGGAAAAGGUUUCCCCAGGAAGUCUUCAGACAGCACCAUCCAGCCUAGCUUAUUCAAGAAGAGAGUUCAGGGCUUAGUGUCCCUUCUGUGACUUUCAUUAUUGCAUCUCCUUAGACGGCAUUGCUCUCUCUUCCAUCUCUAUCUUCCUGGGGUGUUAUCUCUUACUGUCCUCUAAGCAUUCCUGAGCGAUGUCACCAAUGUCCACAGGCUCCCAGCUGCAGGCUCCAGUUGAGUACUCUCCUUACUGUUCAGGCUGCACAGCCUGCAGGACACGUCCAUCUGAUUACCCCACAGGACCCUCCAUAUCCCAUGGAGAUCUACUCCCAACCCCAAGCUCCUUGUGCUGGAGUACUUUCUCCAUUGCUGAGGGCAGACGUUAGUACCCUUCCUCAUGUCCUUUAUUGCCAGUGUUCCCCACCUCCUGCUGACUGUGCCUCAGCCAGCUCAGUCUCCAUCACCACUUUGAGAGCCUCUCAUCAGUGUCCUGCCUCUGGCAUCUCACAUUCCAAAACACUGGCUGGCAGGGGGUGAUUUUCUAAAGUGAGCAACUGAACAUUUCCUCCCAUAGCCUCAGAAAGAAGCCAAACUCUUAAACAGCUUACACGAUUUGUCAGGAUCCUGUUACUGGCUAACUUUACUUACCACCUCCUUGCAACCUCCAGAUUGCCUGGGAUUUCUCCUUUAUUUGAAAACACCUUUGCUGUGGUCUCUCUUGCUCCUGUUAUAUGCAAUAUUCCUCCCCACCUUUGCAUCGUAGACACCUUUCCGUCCUCACCACCCAACAUGUGGGCACUGUGCCAUCCUCACUGUCCCAGAAGGAGUGGUUGCCUGCGUAGGUGUGUUCCCCUCAGACUCUAGCAUCUGUAACAAUCUGCACAUGUGUCUUCUGUUUCCAUUUGACAAAAGGUGAGGUCAGAGAAGGGAUGAGCUUUCUCUUCUUCAUUGCUUUCCCUGUUCCUAGCAUGCAGUGGAUGAGGUCAAUGGUUAUGAGGAAUGAUGAGCUGAAUGAAUGAAUGAAUGAAUGAAUGAAUGAAUGAAUGAGUUCCUCCAGGCUCUCACAGGUCCCUGGCCCUAUGGAAAGUUUUCUUUCUUUCUGAUCUCCCUAUUCUGGGAGCUUGUUGUGGUCUAAACAUAAAGUGUCCCUAUAGGCUCACAUGUUGAAUAUUUGUUUCCCAGCUGGGGUGCUAUUUGCCCCAUUGGCAGCCUGCUUGAACCACAGCUGGGCUGUGAAAGAGUGCUGAAUCAUAAUGCAAGGAACAGAGUCCAGAAACCAUUCCUCCCCCCAGGGCCUAGCAUCCUGGCCUGGGGAGGGCUCCUGAGAUCUCAUGAUGCCAUCUUUGCAUUUGCUAUCAUCCUGUUGUGUAGCAUCUAGCAGAGCCAAUCUCCAUCAACAGUCCCCUGGCCACAUCUUUGGCGUUUUCUGAUGAUUAGGUUUGUUUCAAUCUUUACAGUAUGGCCAGGUGAGAAUGUUCCAGAUCUUUUCACAUUUUACUGCAAAUCCACGGGACUUUCCUCACCACCUGCCUAGUAGCCUCGUCAUUGUCCCGAAAACACCAAGACAUAAUAAAUGGGCUAAGUCUCUUGCCGAUUUGCAGCAACGAUCA